AUGCCUAUAGCUAAUGACACCCAGUUCCAUACUUCUUCAUUCCUACUGCUGGGUAUCCCAGGGCUAGAAGAUGUGCACAUCUGGAUUGGAUUCCCUUUUUUCUCUGUGUAUCUUGUUGCACUCCUGGGAAAUGCUGCUAUCUUGUUUGUGAUCCAAACUGAGCAGUGUCUCCAUGAGCCCAUGUACUACUUCCUGGCCAUGUUGGAUUCCAUUGACCUGAGCUUGUCUACGGCCACCAUUCCCAAAAUGCUGGGCAUCUUCUGGUUCAAUAUCAAGGAAAUAUCUUUUGGAGGCUACGUUUCUCAGAUGUUCUUCAUCCAUUUCUUCACUGUCAUGGAGAGCAUCGUGUUGGUGGCCAUGGCCUUUGACCGCUACAUUGCCAUUUGCAAACCUCUUUGGUACACCAUGAUCCUCACCAGCAAAAUCAUCAGCCUCAUUGCAGGCAUUGCUGUCCUGAGGAGCUUGUACAUGGUCGUUCCACUGGUGUUUCUCCUCUUAAGGUUGCCCUUCUGUGGACAUCGUAUCAUCCCUCAUACUUACUGUGAGCACAUGGGCAUUGCCCGUCUGGCCUGUGCCAGCAUCAAAGCCAACAUUAUGUUUGGUCUUGGCAGUAUUUCUCUCUUGUUAUUGGAUGUGCUCCUUAUUAUUCUCUCCCAUAUCAGGAUCCUCUAUGCUGUCUUCUGCCUGCCCUCCUGGGAAGCUCGACUCAAAGCUCUCAACACCUGUGGCUCUCACAUUGGUGUUAUCUUAGCCUUUUCUACACCAGCAUUUUUCUCUUUCUUUACACACUGCUUUGGCCAUGAUAUUCCCCAAUAUAUCCACAUUUUCUUGGCUAAUCUAUAUGUGGUUGUUCCUCCCACCCUCAAUCCUGUAAUCUAUGGGGUCAGAACCAAACAUAUUAGGGAGACAGUGCUGAGGAUUUUCUUCAAGACAGACCACUAACCAGUUGGAGUUUGGAGGGUCUCUCUUAGCAUUCAUGAUGAAGCAGCCACUAGGGAGGAGAGAAGAGACACCAAGGAAUUUGGGUACAGAGAAAGUGAGAUACCCUGAAUGAAAUUUAAAAUAAUUACGAGUGUAUUGGUAGAUAAAUAUUAUUUCACAGUCACCUUCAGUGAAAUGUCCCAACCACAGAAUAUAUCCAUUUGUUUGUUUUCAUGUUUUUGCUGGGUUUGCUUUGUCUUUUUGUUUCUGGAUAAAUAGUUGUAAUCUUUUAGAAAAUGUGGUGUGUAUAUGUGUUUAUGUUCAUAUGUUCAUAGAGAGGAACUGGUAGAAGGCAAUUAAAUUGACCAGUAUGGAUUGAAUCCUUGCCUGUAUUAAUUGUUUGAACCAGCACUUUCUAUUGAUAGGCAAGACUUUUUCUCCUGAUGCUCUGUUCUUCCAGAAAGUCUCCUUAUCCAGUUUGAGAGAGAAAGGCACAUAACAUAUAUUAAUGCAGAGUGAUAAAUCAAAGGACAGACUUAUGAAUCAGGUAGGGUGUGGUACACAUGGUUUAUUUGUGGGAUAGUGGAGAUUUUCUUGUAUUAUGACCUUUCUAAUGUAAUUAGGAGAAAAAUAAGUUAGUAACUGACAUUUCCUCCUCAGUACUGAUUUGAAUGAACACCAGUCAUUUUUCUAUGUUGAGCUUUGUUUUUGUUUAAAUUAAAAUGUAACCUAAUUUCUGUUUGGGCAUUCAUUUUAAGCCAUUGAUUAUUUUCUAUUAUGUAUUUAAUCCGCAGAUAAAUAAGUUAGUGGGGUUAGAUUUUAUUUUGAAUUUCAAGUGAUAUAUAGGCUUAUAAUUUGGGGCACGUGUGUGUGUGUGCGCAUGUGUGUGUACGUGACUUUAAAAAAUGGACAUUUAACAAUAAUUCAGAUGUAUUUAAAAGCAAUAUACAUUCUCCAAUUAUUUUUUAAAUGCACAUUCUCUUUACUUUUACUUACUUUUGCGUUCUCAAACAGCUUGUUUUUAUAAGAGUUGCAUUAAAGUCUCUACAAAUUUUGAUAUACCAAUUAUAUUUUUAAUUUCAGUGACCAUUGUUGCAAUUAUUUUGAAGUUAUAUUUUGAGAUGGAGAAAUAUUCUUGACUCUUAUGUAUUUUUUCUCUGUUAUAAUUGGUACUUUGAAUUCUAUCAUUUCAUAACAUGUCUAAUGUGUGUCAACUUUUUAUGCAUAAAAUUUGUUCAGCAUAUUUAUUUAAUAGUUUGUGGACACAUACUAGUUGUACAUAUAUAUGGGGUAUUGUGAAAUUUUGAUACAAGGAUACAAUGUGUAAUGAUUAUAUUAGAAAAAUUGGUGUAUCUGUCACCUGAAGAAUUUAUAAUUUUUUUGUGUUAGGAAAAUUCUACUUCUACUCUGCUAGUUAUUUUGAAAUAUAUAAUACAUUAUUGUUAACUAUAGUCACUCAAUUAUGCUACUGAAUGCUAGAUCUUAUUCCUUGUAACUGUAUUUUUGUACCUAUUAACCAAUCCCUCUAUCCUGCCCUCCUCACUACCCUUUACAGCCUCUGGUAACCAUCAUUCUACUCUGUCUCCAUGAGAUCAAUUUUUUUUAAGCUCCACAUAAGAGUGAGGACGUGUGAUAUUUGCGUGAUUUAUUUCACUUAACAUAAUGUCAUCCAGUUCCAUCCACGUUGUUUGUUUGUUCCUUUCUUUCUUUCUUUUUCUUUUCUUUUCUUUUUUUUUUUUUUUUUUUGAGACCUCCCUCUGUUGCCCAGACUGGAGUGCAGCUGUGUGAUCUUGGCUCACUAUAACCUUUGCCUCCGCCUCCUAGAUUCAAGCGAUUCUCCUACCUCAACCUCCCCAGUAGCUGGGAUUACAGGCGCCCGCCAACAAGCCCAGGUAAUUUUUCUAUUUUUAGUAGAGACAGGAUUUUGCCAUGUUGGCCCGGCUGGUCUCAAACUCCUGACCUCAGUUGAUCCGCCUGCCUAGACCUCCCAAAGUGUUGGCGUGAGCCACGGCACCUGGCCCAUGUUGUUUGAAAUAACAGGAUGUCAUCCUUUUUCAUCCUUUUUCAUGACUGAAUAAUAAUCCAUUGUGUAUAGGUAUACAUUUCUUCAUAUAUUUCCCAGAUAUAUGACUUGAAUAUUAUAAGAUCUAAAGGCCUGUGCAGCAUGGCUAUGACUUUCCUAGUGCCUGAAAAUGCCAUCCAGGAGAGAUAGAUAGAUAGAUAGAUAGAUAGAUCGAUCGAUAGAUAGAUAAAAUCACUGAGAUUAAGGAUAAUGUUGAAACCCAAUCCAAGGAAGCUAAGAAUCACAAUAAAAUGAUACAGAAGCUGACAGAUGAAAUAGACAGUAUAAAAAAGAAUGUAACUGAUCUGAUGGAGCUAAAAAACACACUGCAAAAACUUCAGAAUGCAAUCACAAGUAUUAACAGCAGAAUAGACCAAGAUGGGGAAAGAAUCUCAGAGCUUGAAGACUGGAUCUCUGAAAUAAGACAGUCAGACCAACGUAAAGAAAAAAGAGUAAAAAGGAAUAAACAAAACCCUCAAGAAAUAAGGAAUUACAUAAAGAGGCCAAAACUAUGAGUCACUGGCAACUGGCAUCCCUGAAAGACACUGGGAGAAAAGCAAACAACUUUGAAAACAUAUUUUAUGAUAUCAUCCAUGAAAACUUCAGCAACCUUGCUAGAGAAGACAACAUUCAAAGUUAGGACAUGCAGAGAACCCCUGCAAGGUACUACAUAAGAAGAUCAUCCCCAAGACACAUAAUCAUCGGGUUUCCCAAGGUUUUAGUAAAAGAAAGAAUGUUAAAGGCAGCUAGAGAGAAAGGGCAGGUCACCUACAAAGGAAACCCCAUCAAGCUAACAAAAUACCUUUCAGCAGAAACCUUAGAAGCCAGAAAAGAUUGAAAGUCUACGUCAACAUUCUUAAAGACAAAAAUCUCCAACCAAGAAUUUCAUACCCAGCCAAACUAAACUUUAUAAGUGAAGAAGAAAUAAGAUUAUUUUUAGAUAAGCAAAUCCUGAGAGAAUUUAAAACCCCCAGAUUUGCCGUACAAGAGCUCCUGAAAGGAGUGCUAAAUAUGGAAACACUCUUACCAUCUAAUUCAAAAACGCACUUAAGUACAUAGACCAGUGACACUAUAAAGCAACCACAUAAAAAAGUCUGCAUAAUAACCAGCUAACAACACAGUGACAGAAUCUAAUCCAUACAUAUCAUACUAACUUUUAAUGUAAAUGGGCUAAAAGCCCCAAUUAAAAGGCAGAGUGUCAAGCUGGAUAAAGAAGCAAGAGCCAAAGCUAUGCUGUCUUUAAGAGAUUCAUCUCACAUGAAAUGACACUCAGGCUCAAUAAAUAAAUAAAAGGGGAAUGGAGAAAAAUCAACCAAGCAAAUGAAAAUUUAAUAGAAGCAGGGAUUGCAAUCCUAUUUUCAGACCAAAAGAUAAAAAAAGACAAAGACAGGCAUUACAUAAUGGUAAAGGUUAAAUUGAACAAGAAGAUCUAACCUAAAUAUAUAUUCACCCAAAUAAACACAAUUAGAAAUGGCAAAGGAAAUAUUACUACUGACCCCAUAGAAAUAUGAAUAGCCAUCAAAGACUAUUAUGAAUACCUCUAUGCUCAGAAACUAGAAAAUCUGUAAGAAAUGGAUAAAUUUCUGGCCACAUACACCCUUCCAAGUCUGAACCACAAAGAAAUUGAAUCCUGAACAAAAUGAUAGUAAGUUCCAAAAUUGAAUCAGUAAUAAAUAGCCUACCAAAAAAAAAAUGCUCAGGACCAGAUGGAUUCACUGUUGAAUUUUACUAGAUGUACAAAGAAGAGCUGGUGCCAUUCUUACUGAAACUAUUGCAAAAUAUUGAGGAGGGAGUCCUUCCCAACUCAUCUAUGAGGCCAGCAUCAUCCUGAUACCAGAACUUGGCAG